ACGGUUCCACAGACACCGUGUCGUACCCGAGGACGCUUAAAUCCUUGCCUCCCCCUCCUCUCCCGUCUCCCUGCAGAGCCGCGAGCAGGAAGGAAGAGGCAGACAGGAUGGAGGCGGUGCUGGGGUUUUUUGCGUCAGCCUUCAUUUCCGCGAUGGUCACGAAGCUGGUCGACAAGGGCCUCACUUUCUUCCCGAGCAGCAGCCACCGCAGGCAGAAGCUGGACGAGCUGAAUCGUCUCCUCCCAACGAUCCAGUCCCUCCUCACGGCCGCCGAGCGGCGACAGACCCAUCAUUUCACUCCGGAGCAUCAAGUUCUGUUGACGAGGCUGAAAGAUGCUAUUUACUCCGCAGACGACGUCCUCGACGAUUUCGAGUGCAUGCAUCGCGAGCGCCAUCUCGAGCGCCAAUCUGGCAAGUUCAAGCUUUUUCGCCGGGACACUGACGUUGAUAUGUUGGAAAAAACCGUCGAUGACAUUGAAAGUGUUGUUAAGGAUUUCAUUCAUAUGUUUGAUUUCCUAAAUGGUUCGGAACCGGAACACGGUGACCAGGAUACCCGGGAGACAAGCUCACUGCUGCCUCUAGCAGGCGUGUUCGGGCGAGAAGGUGAGGUGCGACAAAUACUCGAAAUGCUCGAGCGAGGAGAAAAUUUCCGGUACAGAUCAGGUUUCGGCGUCCUUCCCAUAGUAGGCACCGCAGGAGUCGGUAAGACCACCCUUGCGCAGCUCAUCUACAAUCACGAAUUCGUCGAGCGGGAAUUCCCGAUGAGGAUUUGGGUUUACGUGUCUGACGAAUUUAAUGUCAGAAAGCUGACCGUAAAGAUGAUACAGAGGGCUUUGGAUGGAGAGCAAUCUCUGCCUCGUAAGGACUACGACAGUUUAGAGGACGCGCAUGCCGAUCUCGUCCGUCUGUUGACGGGCAAGAGGUUCAUGCUCGUCCUCGAUGACGUUUGGGAAGAGAUUUAUUCCGAAAAUUGGGACAACCUGUGCAAGCCCUUUAAAUUCGCAGCGAAGAGAAGCGUAGUUUUGCUGACUUCUCAAAUUUGGUCUGUGGCGAAACGAAUACACACGAUGGGAUGGGUGACUUUAAGUGGUUUGGAUAUGGACGAUUAUUGGCGACUAUUCAAACACUGUGCGUUCGGAGGAGACGACCCUGCUGAGCACUCUAACUUGGGAAAGAACAUCGGCGAAACAUCCAAAGCGGUUAAAGAGAUGUCAAGAUUGGAAGAAAUAGCUUGGGAGAUUGCUGGUAGGAUGGACGGCUCGCCCUUGGCCGCCAAACUACUGGGAAGUGUGUUAAGGCGAAACAAAGACGAGGGCUACUGGAAUCGAAUCCUGCAGAGUGAUUUGUGGAGCGUAGAUAAAAGAGAUAAGAAUACCAUAUUCCCCUCCCUUUGGUUGAGUUAUAAGUAUCUAGAUGGACAGCUAAAGCAUUGUUUUGUUUACUGCGCAGCAUUUCCUCAAGGUUACAUUUUUGAGAAAGAUAAGCUAGUCCAAAUGUGGGUGGCGCAAGGCUUUAUCCCUCCUAGCGGUGUGGAAAGACGGGAGGAUGUUGGGAAUCGCUGCUUUGAGGAAUUAAUUGAUAGAUCAUUCUUUCAACCUGUUUGGAAUGAUAAAUAUAUGAUGCAUAGCUUAAUCCGUGAAUUGGCACAAUCAAUUGGUUCCAAUGAGUUCUUCACAUUUACUGACAGGCUGUGGGGAAUCCCGUCAAGAGCAGCUCGUCAUAUAACUGUUAGGACUGAUGAUCUACUGCAACUAAAGCAUGCACUAGCGAACAAUGAUAUUUAUCUAAAGCAUCUGCGCACUGUUUUAUUUUUCGGUGGGUAUAAAGAUUCUCACCUAUUCCGUGAACUUCUCGACUCCAUAUUCCAAAAGGUCAAAAGCAUAAGAGUGCUGGAUUUAUCUCAGACAUGCAUGACAGAGUUGCCGAGCUCGAUCAAUAAUUUAAAACACCUGCGAUACUUGGAUCUAUGUGGUAACAGAGUAAGGUCAUUGCCUGAAGGCCUUUGCUCGCUUUACCAUCUGCAGGUGUUGAAUGUUAAAUGGUGCCCUCUUCAGCAACUGCCAGAAAAGAUGAAUAGAUUGAUUAACUUAAGACACAUUUGUGCGGACAUUGUGACAAUUUCAAGAAUAUCUCAAAUCCUAAAGCUUACAAACCUUCAGGAGCUAGAGAACUUUCCUGCUGGGAAGAGCAACGAUUUAAACGCCCUCGCGUGCAUGACCGAACUUAGAGGUGUUCUCCAUAUUGCGGAUCUCCAUCUUGUCAAGGUCGGGGAGGCUAAAGAGGGGAUUUUGGAGAAAUUAAAGCACCUGACUUCACUGUGGUUAUCAUGGGAUUCUGAGGGACGAGGCAUACGACAAGUAGAUGAUGCACAAACUACUCUGGACGAGGAAGUCCUACAAUGCCUUCAGCCACAUGACAAUCUUAAAGAGCUAAGAAUUGAUAGUUAUGUCGGUCUUAGAUCACCCACAUGGAUGCUGACAAAUAAUCGUCUUUCCAACGUAAGAUCCAUGUACUUAAUUGGUUGUGUUAAUUGGCAACACCUCCCACCCUUGGAGCUGCUGCCCGAACUUGAGAUCCUAGAGAUUAAAGGUAUGCAUGCGUUGGAAAAAGUUAGCAGUCAAUCACUUAGUCAUGACUCAGUUAAAAAAGGAUUUCCAAGGUUGAAGAAACUUUCGAUUGAUGACCUGCCAAAUUUAAAAGAGUGGACGGGGGUAGAGGAUGGUCAGUUUUUUCCUUGCCUUUGUGAGCUUGUUGUUCGAAAUUGUCCCACUCUAGAAAGAUUUCCUUACAUCCCUCAACUUGAGAAUGUCAUUCUAGAAAAUGUUGGGCUGGUUUCUCUUACAGCAUUCUUCAAUCCAUGCUGUCCAGAGGUCUCACUACCGGAAAGCAGCAGUAGCAACAGCAAAGGGAAUCCAUUGGCAUUGCCAACAAUUUCUUCCAUGUACAUCAGCAAGUGUCCAAACUUAAGAUUUCUUGGGGAAAGCUUAAAUCAACUAUUUCUUCCUCGACUCUUUGAACUCGAGAUAAGAAACUGCCCGCAGCUUUGUUUGCUACCAGAUCUUCCCCCUACAUUAACAAAAUUGAUUAUUGAAGAUGCUGGACUGGAAGAACUUCCAACAGUAUGGAAUGAGGGCUUGACAGAUGAUUUUGAGGUGGUGGGAACAGGUUCUUUUCUCCCAACCCUCUCAACCUUGUAUAUUAGUAGCUGCCCGAAGUUGAGUACCCUAAGUAUAGGCUUGUUUCGGCAACAACGACUCUUAAGAUGUCUUGGAAAGUUAUCACUCAGGAACUGUGAAAAUCUCAAAUCUGAUCUGGCCAAAGGGUUUCGAGCACUCACCGCACUAAAAGAGUUGACUAUUUUUGAUUGUCCCAAGCUGCUUAUCUCUCAUUUUUACGUGUCUCUCAAGGCGAUUGAAAUCAGCGAGUGUUUUAUUACUCAGGGUGCUUGGUCCGAUGAUCAGAAUCCAAUUCUCCAGGCUAUUGAGACUGUAAAGAUAAUUGGUUGUCCACAUGCAAAUUUUGAUGAAGAUCGCAAACUGAAUCCAGUGGACUCCUUUAAGCACCUUACAUCUGUCGAUCGCCUUUAUUUGGUGAACACGUCUGUUCUCACACUUGAUCUAUUUACAAAACUUCGCUCACUGAGAAUUCUGGAUAUAGAUAGUUGCCAGGGAUUUCUAACCAAUCGGCUACAGCUUUUGCACUUCAGCAAACUGCAACAUUUGAGCAUCCGGAACUGCAAAGAGCUCCCACACCUCCCUGAGGAUCUAAAUACUCUUAAACCCCUUAUAGAAUUAUGCAUUGAAAAUUGUCCUUUGAUAACUUCUCUGCCUCAAAAUGGUCUGCCACCUUAUCUCGAAAGAUUGUCUAUCCAUGGAUGCAAUCCACUGUUGAAGGAACGGUGCCUAGAUGACAACCGUGACUUACCAAAGAUUUCUCACAUUCCUUCCAUUUGCAUUGAAGGAGAACUAUUACCAUCAGGAGGAGUUUCGCGGCAUCCAAGACUCAUCAGUUUUGUUUGGCGUACUAAAGUUUCAGGAACUUGAUCGGAGGUUUGGUCUUGCAUUUUGCGCAAAUUGACAGAAUUGGAGGGGUCUCUUGUCAGCCUCAAAAAACAACAAACAAACAAACAAAAAAAACAAGAAAACAAAAGAGAAAAAAAAAAGAAAAAAAGAGAGAAAAAUAAAUAGUGGGAAAAAAAAAGUGGGAAAAAAAGUGUGCUUAGCUUGGCCCUUGCCCCCAACUUCCUAUUGCCAUUGGACCAAGGUUUCCAUGCAUGCAUCUAACUAAUCUGGUGGUUUAGGGGGGAAAGCCCUUGAUUCAGUGUGCAUGUUUAUUCAAUAUUCUUCGGUUCUGUGUCUAUUCUCCGCAAAAAAAAAAAAAAAAAAAAAAA